CUGGCCCCCUGGCCCCCCUCUCCGGGCCUCUUCCCCGCCAGGCAGCCAGGCAGGCAGGCGAGCGGGCGAGCAGGCAGGCAGCCCCCCGACCCAGCCCCCGACCCCCACCGGCCCUUUUUUGACUCCGUGGGCCCGAGAUAUGGCAAUGGUAGUUAGCAGCUGGCGAGAUGCGCAGGAGGACGUGGCCGGGGGCGGCCCCGCCGGAGCGGCUCAGCCGGGACGGGACCCUCAGCAAGGGGCCUCGGCGGCCCCCCACACCCCGCAGACCCCCAACCAGCCCGGCGCCCCCUCCACGCCGGGGGACAAGGGCCAGACUCAGCAGGGCUCCGGCCAAGGACCCCAGCAGCAGCAACAGCAGCAACAGCAGCAGCAGCACAUCGAGUGCGUGGUUUGCGGGGACAAGUCCAGCGGGAAGCACUACGGGCAGUUCACCUGCGAGGGCUGCAAAAGUUUCUUCAAGCGGAGCGUCCGCAGGAACUUAACGUACACUUGCCGGGCCAACCGGAACUGUCCCAUCGACCAGCACCACCGCAACCAGUGCCAAUACUGCCGCCUCAAGAAGUGCCUCAAAGUGGGCAUGAGGCGGGAAGCGGUUCAGCGAGGCAGGAUGCCUCCGAGCCAGCCGAACCCGGGCCAGUACGCGCUGACCAACGGGGACCCGCUGAACGGCCACUGCUACCUGUCGGGCUACAUCUCGCUGCUGCUGCGGGCCGAGCCCUACCCGACGUCGCGCUACGGGAGCCAGUGCAUGCAGCCCAACAACAUCAUGGGCAUCGAGAACAUCUGCGAGCUGGCCGCCCGCCUGCUCUUCAGUGCCGUGGAGUGGGCCCGAAACAUCCCCUUCUUCCCGGACCUGCAGAUCACCGACCAGGUGGCCCUGCUCCGCCUCACCUGGAGCGAGCUCUUCGUCCUCAACGCCGCCCAGUGCUCCAUGCCCCUCCAUGUGGCCCCGCUCCUGGCCGCCGCCGGCCUCCACGCCUCACCUAUGUCCGCCGAUCGUGUGGUGGCCUUCAUGGACCACAUCCGCAUCUUCCAGGAGCAGGUCGAGAAGCUCAAGGCCCUCCACGUCGACUCCGCCGAGUACAGCUGCCUCAAGGCCAUCGUCCUCUUCACCUCAGAUGCCUGUGGCCUGUCGGACGCGGCGCACAUCGAGAGCCUGCAGGAGAAGUCGCAGUGCGCCCUGGAGGAGUACGUCCGGAGCCAGUACCCGAACCAGCCCAGCCGCUUCGGGAAGCUGCUCCUGCGGCUGCCUUCCCUGCGCACCGUCUCCUCCUCGGUCAUCGAGCAGCUCUUCUUCGUCCGCUUGGUAGGUAAAACCCCCAUCGAGACGCUCAUCCGAGACAUGCUGCUCUCCGGCAGCAGCUUCAACUGGCCUUACAUGUCCAUCCAGUGUUCCUAGAGCUCACGCCGCCUCCUGGCCUCCCCCCGCCUAGAGCCCCCCCUCCAGAGCAAAGAGAAAGAAAGAAAGAGGGAGAGAAAAGGAAGGAAAGAGAAAGAAGGAAGGAAGGAAGAAGGGAAGCUCCUCCAGCAACAGCCGGAGAACCCGGCCCAAAGCACUUGGAGGGUGGGGAGGGGAAGAACACUUGCAAGGGAGAGCCAAAAAAUUAGAAUAAGAGGAGGGGGACGAAAGCGAGAGAGACCUGACGGUGCGAACACUGACUCGCUUUGCAGCCUCCCUCCCUGGCGAUGGGGGAAAGGACCCCUCGCGUUUGUGGAAAGCAAACCCUAAUGUCGGGAUUUUUGAGGAGGAAACUUUUCCACGGUUUAAAACUAAAAGAAACACACACAAAAAAAGUGCAACGGACCGAAGGGGGUUUCCUUGACCCUCCCCCCCC